GAACGAGCGAACGAGCGAGCGAGAGAGCGGGGCAUUUCUGCGCAGCUCCGGAGCGUCUUGGAGCCUGCCUGGGCGGCCACUGGACGAGGGGACAGAGAGACAGACAGACAGAGGGCUCCCGGAAGCCGCGCCGCCGCCGCCAGGUUAGCAGGGCGCGGAGACCGAGCAGGCUGUCGCUACGUCCCGAGCUCGCGUGCUGGAGGACGUGCGUGGCCGGAGCUACGAUUCGUGUCUUUGAGGGUGCCCGGCUGAGGACGUCCUCCCCAGGGAGCCAGUGUGCCAAGGAGGGGCGUGCUGGUCACCAUGACAACAGAGACAGGCCCAGAUUCUGAGGUGAAGAAGGCUCAGGAGGAGACUCCACAGCAGCCUGAGGCUGCCGCAGCUGUGACCACCCCAGUGACCCCCGCGGGCCACAGCCACCCAGAGACCAAUUCCAAUGAGAAGCAUCUGACCCAGCAGGAUACGAGGCCUGCUGAACAGAGCCUGGAUAUGGAGGAUAAGGAUUACAGUGAGGCCGAUGGCCUGUCGGAGAGGACCACGCCCAGUAAGGCCCAGAAAUCACCCCAGAAGAUUGCCAAGAAGUUCAAGAGUGCCAUCUGCCGUGUCACCCUGCUCGACGCUUCUGAGUACGAGUGUGAAGUGGAGAAGCACGGCCGGGGCCAGGUGCUGUUUGACCUGGUCUGUGAGCACCUUAACCUCCUGGAGAAGGACUACUUCGGUCUGACCUUCUGUGACGCUGACAGCCAGAAGAAUUGGCUGGACCCCUCCAAGGAAAUCAAGAAGCAGAUCCGGAGCAGCCCCUGGAACUUCGCCUUCACAGUCAAGUUCUACCCUCCUGACCCAGCUCAGCUGACAGAAGACAUCACAAGGUAUUACCUGUGCCUGCAGCUGAGGGCAGACAUUAUCACAGGCCGCCUGCCUUGCUCCUUUGUCACGCACGCCCUGCUGGGCUCCUAUGCCGUGCAGGCUGAACUGGGUGACUAUGACGCUGAGGAACACGUGGGCAACUAUGUCAGCGAGCUCCGCUUCGCCCCAAACCAGACCCGGGAGCUGGAGGAGAGGAUCAUGGAGCUGCACAAGACAUACAGGGGCAUGACCCCGGGAGAGGCAGAGAUCCACUUCCUGGAGAAUGCCAAGAAGCUCUCCAUGUAUGGAGUUGACCUGCAUCACGCUAAGGACUCAGAGGGCAUCGAUAUCAUGCUAGGUGUCUGUGCCAAUGGCCUGCUCAUCUACCGGGACCGCCUGAGAAUCAACCGCUUUGCCUGGCCCAAGAUUCUCAAGAUCUCCUACAAGAGGAGUAACUUCUACAUCAAGAUCCGGCCUGGGGAGUACGAGCAGUUUGAGAGCACCAUCGGCUUCAAGCUCCCUAACCACCGCUCAGCCAAGCGGUUGUGGAAGGUCUGCAUCGAGCACCACACGUUCUUCCGGCUGGUGUCUCCGGAGCCCCCACCCAAGGGCUUUCUGGUGAUGGGCUCCAAGUUCCGGUACAGUGGGAGGACACAAGCCCAGACCCGCCAAGCCAGUGCCCUUAUUGACCGGCCCGCCCCCUUCUUUGAACGUUCUUCCAGCAAACGCUAUACCAUGUCCCGCAGCCUUGAUGGAGCAGAGUUCUCCCGCCCUGCCUCAGUCAGUGAGAAUCACGACGCAGGGCCUGACGGCGACAAGCGGGAAGACGAUGCCGAGUCAGGGGGACGCCGGUCAGAGGCUGAAGAAGGAGAGGUCAGGACGCCCACCAAGAUCAAGGAGCUGAAGCCGGAGCAGGAAACCACGCCAAGACACAAGCAGGAGUUCCUGGACAAGCCAGAGGACGUCUUGUUGAAGCACCAGGCCAGCAUCAAUGAGCUCAAGAGGACCCUGAAGGAACCCAACAGCAAGCUGAUCCACCGGGACCGGGACUGGGAUCGGGAGCGCAGGCUGCCCUCGUCACCUGCCUCCCCAUCCCCCAAGGGCACCCCGGAGAAAGCCAGUGAGGCCCAGAGGAUCCAGGAUACUUCUCAGCAGGACUUGGUACCUGGAACAGCAGCAGGCUGGGAAGUGUUCACUCAGAAAAGCCUCGCAGCGUCUCCUGAGGGCUCAGAGCAUUGGGUAUUUAUAGAAAGAGUGUACACUAGGCCAGAAGACCUUGGCCUCCUCACAGUGCCUGCCACACAACGGGAAGAAAGUGAAUCAAGCCUCACCGAGAUCCUCGCUGAUGGGAGACUCUCCAAGGUAGACAUUCUGGUGGACAAGUUCAAAGUUGAAGUGGCCACAGAAGAAACCGUGAGAGCCCGAAGAACAAGUACUCAGCAGCAAGGGAAAAUGAUUGCAAGUCCAGGAGACUCUGAGACAAUGAGAGAAGAUGCGUGCCUCAAGGGAGGCCCCAGAGAUGCUGCUCGAGCUACAGACAAGCUCAAGAUCAGGAACCACCGAGUCUCAAACGGUCAAACAGAGAGCCAAGUAGAAUUGAGCAAGGGGCUGGAGAGGCCCCAGGCCUGGGGAAGACCGACAGCUGCAGGGGUUGGGCCAGUGCGGGGAGAGGUUCUUUCUCCUGCAUCAGACAAGGGGGGGCUCCAGUCCUUCCUGUUGGAUCCGGCCCAAGCCGAAGCCAGAGCUGACUCGAGCGAUGAGACUGACACCUCCUUCGCAGAGAGGAGCUUCUGUCUGAACUACGGAGAGAAAGACUCUGAGGACCCCCUCCUUGCCCCCUCCUCAGAGGACAGAGAAGAGCACCUGGAUGCCCCUCCUGGAAAUGGGACCUGGCUGGAGCUGGCUGCGGCGCACACAGAGAUCUGGGAGCCAAAGCCCUCAGACCCAAGGGCUUUUGCCCCAGGUUCUAGCCAGAAUAAAGAUGAAGCCCAUAUGGCUUCCUCAGCAGAAGAAGCCCGGUCCCCCAGGGACCGUGAAAGACCUGAUGAUCUGCAGGGAGCAGCUGUCUGUCAGACUCUGGAAGAGGGCUGGGAAAACACACAGCAAGGGCUGGAAGGUGAGUUGGCCUACCCAGUGGCCGGUGUACCUGAAGAUGCGGCCCCCAUGAGUAUAAAUUGGAUGGGAAAGACUGAGAAAAGUCCUCCGGCAAGAUGGAAGAAGAACCCCCCUGGAGGGGGAGGAGGGGUGCACCUGGAUGCCCGAGCCUGUGCCCUUCUGAGGACCAUCCCUCCCUGUGUUAGGAAGCCAGCCAGGCCAGACCAAGCCAGCUUCCUGCCCAAAGAGAAGGGGGCAGUUUCCACUCAUGCAGGAGAACUCGAGACAGAAGACAGGGAGGCAGUCACCCCCCUGCCAGCCUCCUCUGGUCACCCUGAGGGCCUGGCGGCCACUUCUCUGAGCCCAGUCCCUCCUAGGUCAGGGGGGCCUUCGGAGUCCAGGGAUUUCUUUAGAGAUCAGUUCCCCGUGGUUCUCAAGUAUAUCCAUCUCCCUGAAGAGAACCCAGUACACAAGGACCCACAAGGUGAGCGCAAAGCACCUCUAGUUGCCACCAAGAAGCCCAGAGUUGUUCCUGAAGGAACCGGGGGACCUGCCUUCCUGGGGUUUGUGUUCCCUUCAGGGAAGCUGGAGACUUCACUCCAGGAUAGGGACCAAGGGGGUUCCCAGGAAGACAUUAGCAAGACCUCGGUGGCUAACAAAAUUCGGAUAUUUGAGACCCAUGGAGCCGAGCCUUGCCAAGCCAGUCAGGGUGAAGUGAGGACCAUUCCGCAUGAGCCGCUUUCGGAAGCUUCCCCAGGACAGGUGGAGGAGUGCAGUAAGCCUCGGGACUUGGGCUUUGUCCAACUCCAGCCUCCUGGGGACUUGGCCAGCCCCAAAGUUACCCAUUCUUCUGCCAUGCCUCUGGCUUCCCAGCACUGUGAGGAGGGUACCCCAACUACCUCCCACCAGGAAAGAUGCACAGACUCAGAGCUCGUGUCCCCUGACUCAGGCUGUGAAACCACGCUGGAGGAAGCUACUGGCCACAGCAAAGCCGGAGAUGCGGGCGGGGAAGACAAGAGCUCCUUCAGCCGCUUAGCGCCAAACACCCCUGGAAAGGGGGGGCGUCUGAGAUUCGCCAGCCCUCCGGGCCCUCAGAGAGCAGGGCUGAGGGAGGGCUCAGAGGAAAAAGUCAAACCGCCACGCCCACGUGCCCCAGAGAGCGACACGGGAGAUGAGGACCAGGACCAGGAGAGGGACGCCGUAUUCCUGAAGGACAACCACCUGGCCAUUGAGCGCAAGUGCUCCAGCAUUACAGUCAGCUCCACAUCCAGCUUAGAGGCUGAGGUGGACUUCACGGUUAUUGGUGACUACCACGGGGGCGCCUUUGAAGACUUCUCCCGAAGCCUCCCUGAGCUUGAUCGGGAUAAAAGUGACUCUGAGACAGAGGGCCUGGUGUUCGCCCGGGAUCUCAAGGGGCCCUCCAGCCAAGAGGAUGAAUCUGGGGGCCUCGAGGACAGCCCAGAUCGAGGGGCCUGUUCCACUCCAGAAAUGCCCCAGUUUGAGUCUGUGAAAGCAGAAACCAUGACCGUCAGCAGUCUGGCAAUCAGGAAGAAGAUUGAGCCAGAGGCCAUGCUGCAAAGCAGAGUCUCCGCUGCGGACAGCACCCAGGUUGAUGGGGGUGCUCCAGUGGCGAAAGACUUCAUGACAGCCCCCCCCUGCAUCGCCACAGAGACCAUCUCAACCACCAUGGAGAACAGUGUCAAGUCCGGGAAGGGGGCAGCUGCCAUGAUCCCAGGUCCACAGACGGUGGCCACGGAAAUCCGUUCUCUUUCACCGAUCAUCGGGAAAGAUGUCCUCACCAGCACGUACGGCGCCACCGCGGAAACCCUCUCAACCUCUACCACCACCCAUGUCACCAAAACUGUGAAGGGAGGGUUUUCUGAGACAAGGAUCGAGAAGCGAAUCAUCAUUACUGGGGAUGAAGAUGUCGAUCAAGACCAGGCCCUGGCUUUGGCCAUCAAGGAAGCCAAACUACAGCAUCCAGACAUGCUGGUAACCAAAGCUGUUGUCUACAGAGAAACAGACCCAUCCCCAGAGGAGAGAGACAAGAAGCCACAGGAAUCCUGACCUCUGUGAAGAGAUGCUGGCGUGUCUGGUCCAAUCCAAGCCAGAGAACCAUUAAGAAGGGGCCUUCACUCUGGAUUCUCCGACAAUACCAACAUCCCAGCUGCGACGUACUGUCACUGAAGAGAGACUGGGAAGGGAAAGCAUAUAUAUAUAGAUAUAUAGAGAUAUAGAUAUAUAUACAGGAAACACCGCGUCCUUGCACCGCUGCUGGGGCUGGCGGAGCAGUCAGCUGAUGGCCACAACCAACAUCUGCAGCAACCUUCAUUUCCUUUGCAGACGAAUAGAAUUGGUGGGAUUUUUUUUUUCAGGAAAAUGUAUAACAAUCAUAAUCUUUCGCUCCCCAACCCCCUUCUCCUGCAAACUACAAAAGCAGACCGCCAUGAUUGUAGACAUUCCCUUGAACCCCAGCUGCACAGACUCCAGGAUGGACGAGCACCCCGUUUGUUCUCCAGCCUCGGCUGCUCCCUCUAAUGCAAAGGAAGAAAGAAAUAAGAUCAUGGAGCCAAGGAAGAGAAGUCACAGCAGCAAGACACGCACAGUCGACUAUUUGCCAAGAAAGAAUGGAAGUCUCCCCCAUGGAGAGGAGGAGGGGAACGCUCAGUUGUUCCUUUCUGGGUCUUGACACUGGGCUACAAAAUCCCCUCUGUUCUUCUGCCUCCCCACUUCACCCUUGACUUCUACUCAUCCUGUCUUCAUUUUCUGUCUCAGCUCCCCUCUGCCUCUCUCCCUGACCCUCCUGUUCUGUGUCCUGGUCCUGCUGAGGGUCACUGCAGAUAACUCUCAUUGGAAGAAAAAGAAACUACAAGAGCAAACAGAAGCCAUGGGAAGGGAAGUAGACACUGUGUACUUCCGGUUUCUCAUGAUGGAGGUGCAGCUCGUAGGAGAUUCUAUGACUGUGAUUUUAAGUUAUGUAUAUUACAUGUAACAGGAAACAAAUAUUAAAAUAAACUGUGCUGGUAAGUAUGCAGCUGACAUUUCCAAGUUAUAAUUACCUGACUGUGAUUGAUGUAUCCUAAGGUUCCUAGAUCUUGCCAAACUGGCCCAGCCGAGAACACUGGACUCUGGGUGUGGCCAGCUCCCAGUAGGGCUGACAGAUUCAGUGUAGUGAAACUGUGUGUGGUGUUUGUAACUGGGUGAUUGGUGGGGAGAGUGGAGAAGCCCUCCAUGGAGAGGUGAGGGUUCCGGCCAGAAGGGAGCAACACAGAUGUCAUCCCCAAUAUGCCAGGCCAAAAUGCCUUCUUCCCCAGCAGUAGCUGCCAGGGCCUGGUCCGUGCCCAGGACACUGCUGCUGCGGUCCCGUGGCUCAGUCCUCCUACCUCCAGGGGGCUCGCCUUGGUUUUCGGUCCUCUCUCUCUGUUUUCCUAUUACCAGGGUCUUUGUUUGGGUUUGUGCUCGGCCAUGUCUUGCCCUGCUCCUCAGCACCUCAUCACAGGGAGUCCUGUAAAGGGAGGCGGGGUCCUGGCUGAGGUGGAGAACAGCAACUCUAACCUGGUUUUCUGAAAUGCCCAGCCGCUCUUUCCCCUCUGUCUGUCUUGUGAGUCAUCCUCUUCUUCCUAAGCUAAAGGAGCCAUGAUAAAGAGGCCAUGGGCACAGGGAAGGCCACGAUAGGCCCAUGCUGCAUUUCCCAAAGCCUCAGCCAUCCCUAAACCAGAGCAGGCAUGAGGAAGUGAUGCCAUCCAACUCCAUCCGGCUCCAUCCGCAUCAGACCCUGGCUUGCAGGACCUCCGUCAGUCAGUAUCCAAGCUCAGAAAUGGCCUUGAGGUGACAGGAGCCCGUGGAGAAAACGCUGCCACAGGCUGCUAUUUCGGCCUGGCACAGGCAGGCUUCCUCUGGCUUGCUCACAAGGUCUCUCCCUUUCUGAGUGACAGUAUCUCACAGCAGUCCCAUCUCCUUUCUGUCCUACUAAGGCCCUUCAUAUAUUUAGUCAACAAAUGUUUAUGUGUUUCCUGCUUGUGUCAGGCUCUGUUUUCAAGGCAGAAGGAGAGAGGGGACCUAGGAAGCCACUGGACAAGCCUGUCCCUAACCAUAGCUGGCUCUUUUCAGAACACUUCUUCACUCCCUCCACCUGAUGAGACAUUCCCCGGAAAUGUCUCUGGGAGAGCCCAGACUGGGUGUGCUCUUGGCUUGCUUCUUGGUUACUCUUCCGAUGUACACCUUCCUUACUCACAGGUGCUGGCCUGACACAGGGCAAGAAGCUAGCUUCUGCCUCUGUGGCAGCUGAGAUGAGCCAAGCUCUUAGGUGACAGAGCCAGCCAUAUGCCCCGGUGCAGGCUGGUCGGCCUGCCCUGCUCCAGUGGGGCAGCACAUUGUCUCUGCUCCAGGAUCUUUGGCCAUUCUUGAUGGAGAAGCCACAGAACCUCCCUCCUGCUCCUCACGGGCGGCAUGCAAGCUCCCACUGCUUCUCUGAGCCCGGAGCAGGAACGGCUCUAUCCCCUUGGAAUCAGGCUCGGGUCUCACCUACUUUUGCAGGAACUCCCCGGCCUGUACACACAAGACAUACAUACCUCAGAGGGAGCCUCUUUGUACCUGCUCUGAAUGUGGGCUACAGGGCAAGGACGAAACGACCCAGCUUAGCUUGUGGGACGUUAGGGUUUGGGGAGAUACUCCAUGGAUGUCCUGACUGGUUCUUUUUUUUUUUUUUUUUUUUUCCCCCAGAGAGGCAGUCAGUACCCCGCCCAAGGAGGAGGAGACCUGCACAGCUAAAAUCUAGGGCACUGUCUCCUCCCCCUCCUCCACCUCAUAGAGAAUAAGGACGUUGUGUUGUCUGACUUCAGCCUACUUUUUCCUUUUGCUUUUGUGUGUGUGUGUGUCUGUCUCAUCAUCUCUGUGACACCUCGCUCUCCAGGGGGCCAGGUGACAGAGUGACAAGAGCUGCCUAGAGCAGUCAGGGUUCCAGGUGAGCAUCUCGAUGCAGCUCCUAACUCACCGCGUGACACUGGGCUAUCCCAUCCCAUGUAACUCAACGGGCAGGGCAAGCGUUGCAUCCUGAGCCUCCUUCCCACGCUGUGUCUCAUGCGCCUUUGUUUCCCCCAUGUUUGCGUUCUGUGAACCUUUUCCACACGAGGGCAGAGGAAGUGCCAGGACCGGUUCCAGUUUCUGAAUCCUGCAAGCACAUACCAAGACUGGCCUGAAAUUGCAUGAGCAACAUCACUCUAGAUAAUCUAUUUUUUUUUUCCAAAGGCACCUUACCAGCCACCUGCAAUGCUGUCCUGUUCCUUUUCUCCCAGUUCCUUCUCUCCUCUCUCGUCCCCUCGCUUGCCCACCUCAGUGCUCCGUGCUGUAUGCGUGUGCUCUCUGUUCUUGUAUAAUCAAUAAAAGUGAAAUAAAUGUGUUUGAUGCUGAA